CAGCCAGGAAGCAUCGGCAACAGGCACAGAUCACAAGGCCUAUCCCGACGAAAGCCCUCGAGCAUAGACGAGGGCUUCAUAACGACCAUGGCAACUGCACUGAGCAAAAGUGAACGAGCGAGGCGGCACAGUCUGAGUACUGCAGAUGCCAGGACACUCAAUCCAGUCGUCGGUACGCUCGGAGAAUGUCUAUCUCUUCAUACCAAACAUUAUCGGGUUCUCGAGGAUUAUUCUGGCAUUCGUGUCUCUUUACUACAUGCCCUUUCAUCCCAAGUACUGCACCAUCACCUAUUCCAUUUCGUGUUUGCUCGAUGCAUUUGACGGCUGGGCAGCGCGCAAGUUCCAUCAAUCCACCAAAUUUGGUGCAGUCUUGGAUAUGGUGACAGACCGAUGCACGACUGGAUGUUUGCUGUGCUUCCUAAGUGCAGCAUACCCGGCCUAUACCUUUGUGUUUCAACUCCUCGUCACGCUCGAUCUGGCGAGUCAUUACAUUCACAUGUACUCCACCCUCAAUCAAGGUGUAACGAGUCACAAGAAGAUCCCAGCAGACCAGGCGUGGAUCCUGCGUCUCUACUAUGGCAACAAUGUGGUGCUCUUCCUAUUUUGUGCCUUCAAUGAGCUCUUCUUUGUUGCGCUCUACCUGCUACACUUCCCACCACGGGCAGACUCACCGCCUUUCUUCGGACGUCAUUGGAAUAUUGACUUUUCAUGGCCGAUGGCGAUUGCACUCGUGAGUGCAGGCCCAUGCUUUAUUAAGCAGUGGAUCUCACUCGUUCAACUGAUCAAUGCAUCCAAUGCGCUUGUAGAGUUGGAUGUGGAGGAGCGAGCAGAGGCGAGACGUUUGGCUGGUGGCAAGAAGCAAUGAAUGAGAGACUGGCAAACAGCAUCAGCACGGAGGAAGGGCCUAUGGUUGAGUUGAAGAAUUGGAACAAGGAAACGGGGGAUAUGUAGCCUGGCUGUGACUACCGUAGAUAGAGCCCAGAAAGUAUAGCCAGUGCAAGAGGGCUCCGAGCUCGAGGUGACGUGAGAGAAGGCAAAGGGCUCUUGAAUUUAACGACCACGGCUCAAAGCGCGGCGGCACAAAGUACCCAAGAACGACUGCGCAAAG